GAUUCCGCGUCACCACUCUUCUUCCAAGGAAUAUAUAAACAUAUUAUUUAUUAUAUGGUAACAAUGAGUCUGCAUUCUUUACCAGCACGAGCACCAAAGGCACAAAUUCUACCUCCCUCGUGGACGCAGACGGGUCGUUUUUCCACUUCCUUGCGCCGUGCUCGCUAUGCGGAUACGCUUCCUAAUCUUAAGAUCGGGGCUCAUACGAGGGUGUUAUUUCAGGGUUUUACGGGUAGACAGGCCACUGCCAACGUAAAAGAAUCCCUAGCAUGGGGAACUAAGAUUGUCGGGGGUGUUAAGCCCGGGGUAGAAGGCGAGCAUUUGGGAUUGCCUGUAUUCCCUUCAGUGAGGGCGGCCCAGGAAAAAGCAAAGCCAGACGCAUCUGCCAUUUACGUACCCGGAAACCAAACAGCAAAGGCAAUUGAGGAAGCGAUUGAAGCUGAGAUUCCUCUUGUUGUUGCCGUGGCUGAGCAUGUCCCAGUUCAUGAUAUCCUGCGGAUCCAUUCCAUGCUUCAAACACAAUCAAAAACUAGAUUAGUCGGCGCCAAUUGCCCCGGGAUCAUAUCUGCAAUUGGCAAGUGUCGGAUAGGUUUCCAGCCACUGCCCUGUUUCGCCCCGGGUAAUGUAGGCAUCGUCGCCAAGUCAGGGACUCUGAGUUAUGAGACUGUGGCAUCGACAACGCGAGCUGGUCUCGGACAGAGUCUCUGUAUUAGUAUGGGAGGGGAUGUGCUUGCAGGGACCAAUUUUGUGGACGCAUUGACUAUCUUCGAAAAUGACCCUGACACAGAGGGCAUCAUGCUUGUUGGUGAGAUUGGUGGCACUGCAGAAAUCGAUGCUGCAGAGUGGAUUCGGGAUUAUAACAGGCGAUGUGCAAACCCUAAGCCCGUUAUGGCUCUUGUUGGUGGCUUGGAAGCCCCUCCUGGUCGGGUCAUGGGUCAUGCUGGAGCUUGGACAACACCAGGUGAACCAGACGGAAAGGCCAAAUACGACAUUCUCGAGCGUGCUGGAGCAGUCAUGGUCAAUCAUCCUGAAAAGUUUGGUGGGGGCAUGAGGACUCUCUUGAACAGUCGUGGUGGUAGCCGAGGUGCGAUGUCUUCAUCGAACUCUGUCAACCAGAAACGGAACCUGCACACAAUGAGACGGGUUUCAUCCGGUAGUCAGAAACCAUUCGGGUCGAACCAAGUCCGAUCUCUUCACAUUAAGCAAUCCCAGGCUCUUGACAUGCUCAAAGAAAAGUCCAUUCCCGUCCGCGAAACAGCUGACUCUGAUUCCGACUUUUCCCUGUCCAUCACCGUUGACAGGAACGCAUUGUCUCCUUGUGUAAUCGCAGCUGGCCCGGAUGCAGCUCAACCCCGCAAAUUCCCAUUCGAAUACGCCACUACCGACUUGAGCAGUGCCGGUACACUGCUUGAGGCUGUUGCAUCGCACCUUCAAAUACCCGAGACAACACAUUUAGCCGGUCUGGUACAGGCUUUGUGGCAGAUUUUCAAGGAGAAAGAAGCUUUUCUGCUGGUGGUCAAGGCCAGCUCAGUUGGUGGUGCUUUAGAGGUGCAUGGUGCACACUUUAAUUUUGAUGAUGCUGCAUUUAGGAGCUCGGGGCGUCAAGAGGAUGUGCACCGACUGAGAAACAAGGAAGAGGAAGUUCCAGAGGAGGUUGAAGCAGAAAAGGACGGCAUUGUCUAUAUCAAACUUGAUGGUGAAGGCAGUGUCGGCACACUAGUCAACGGUGCCGGUCUGGCGAUGAACACAGUAGAUGCCCUCACCAUCCAUGGUGGCCACUGCGCCAACUUCUUGGAUACUGGUGGCAAAGCCACCUCGGAGACGGUCAAGUCGUCCUUCCGAAUCAUCGGUUCCGACAAACGGGUGAAGGCGAUCUUCGUCAACAUCUUUGGGGGGUUGACACGGUGCGAUAUGAUUGCAGAGGGCAUCAUUCUCGCAUUUCGGGAUCUGCACAUGAGCGUGCCGGUGGUGGUUCGACUGAGGGGAACCAACGAGGAACUUGGACAGAAGAUGAUUGCGGAGAGUGGACUUCCUCUGCAUGCCUUUGACAGUUUUGAGGAUGCAGCAAAGAAGGUGAUCAGCCUUGCAGCAUAGAUAGAUACACUCCUAGGAUACGAUAGACGAAUGACAAUAAAUAAAAACAAACCCUCCCUUGCAGUGGAGAUGAGAUAGAAACAGGAUAGAAAAAAAAAAGAAAAAGAAAAAAGAAAGAG